AUUUGUUUUGAUCCUCUCAGCUAGAGCUCAACGAGCCGAACGCAUUUUAACGCCGGCUAGGACUUUCCGGUUCAGUUUUAAUUUACGUUUCCUUUUUCACGUUUAUUGAUAGUGAUAGUAAUGACCGCUUCAAAAGACACACCUUCGCUUCGGCCGAUGCACUGCGAGCUAAACAUUCUAACACGUUCGGAUGGCUCGGCGAUGCUCACACAAGGCGGCACGGCCCUCGUUGCUUCGGUCCGUGGUCCGGUGGAAGUACGGCUGCAGCACAUGAAUGUCGAGAAAGCUCACCUGGAAAUUUUAUACAAACCCCGCUCCGGACUGGGCAGCGUCAACGACCGACUCCUGGAAAGUCUGAUCCGCAACACCUACGAAUCGGCACUGCUCACCAACCUUCACCCACGAACCAGCAUCCAGAUUCAGCUGCAGGAAAUGCAGGACCUCGGUGGCCUUGUCGCAUGUGCCAUCAAUGCCGUAUGUCUGGCCCUAAUGAACAGUGGCCUGGAGAUGAAGUACCUGGUGGCGGCCGUGCACAGCGUUCUGGACAAAGAUGGGAAGCUGCAGCUGGACCCGGAUGAGUUACAGUCGCAAAAUGCCCGGGCCAAGUUUACCUUUGUGUUUGAGAACGUUUCCCGGAACACGGUUUCCAUCUAUACCCAUGGGAAGUUCACGUCCGAAGAUUAUCAUCAGGCACUUCGAAUGGCGACGGAGGCUGUCGAGAAGGUGUUUGAUUUCUACCAGGAAAUUAUUGGCAAACAAGCGAAGGUUUUGUAAAAUGCAACCGUUAUUGGUGAACGUUUGAAUAUUGACUCGAUUUUGAAUAAAAGAAAGAAUGUAUAUUAUAAUAUAAAUCAA